GCCGGUAAAGUCUUUUUCUGUUUAACGCCGGGUGCAGUGCUUCAAAUGUAAACAAGAAUGAGAGAAACGACCCUCUCAGCUGUAUGGAAGCAAACAGAGGGUCGGGUACUGUGUGGAGUCGCAAGCGAGAUGUUGUGAACUUAAGGCGGUAAGCGUGAAGUACCAGUAUGGACUUUAUUUAACGGGGUUUGUGUUCGUUAAUUUAACUGUGUUAACUUUAAUGCCUUGGCUACCACGGAGCUAACGUUAGCAUAGCGCCACUUAGCCUGAUGGUAAACCCACGUGUCAGUACACACUUUGCAUGUUUACACAACAACUUCACAAUAAGCUACAUUUAUAAGGACGAAAUUCCCUAACCAAGGAAAAAUAGUGGUAACCCAAAUGAGCCAUUAGCCAUUACCGCCGCUGUUUGAUAGCAGUGUCAUUGAGCCGUCGUUGGGCGGUGCUCUUCGGCUGCUUGUACUAUGGACUACACGAAGGAACAUGAGGAUGACGACGGUGAGAAAAGAGGCAAGGACAACCUCUUCUUCAUUGAGUGGUCCAGUAGUUCAGAGGGUGAAGGAGGGCUCGAGUUGAGUCACCACAAACCUCACAGCAGCUGUGGUGGAGCUGCGCGGCUCAGCGGGGGAAGCUCUCCUCCGCUCCUCCUGGCAUUCAACAGCUCCUCUGGACGGGCACUGCGGGACAGCAGCCCGGGGCCUACCUCCAGUCUGGACUCACAGCAGGAGGAGGACAGUGAGCAGCCCAUUGAGGGGUGGAUGAUCCUGGGAGGAGAGGAGCAGGUGGGAGACUCCAGCAUCCAGCUUAACCUGAGCUACAGGGACAGCUCUGAGGAUGAGUCUGGAGACGGAGAUCAUAAUGUGAAAUCAGUUAAGGAUACCUGGGCUGUAUCAGACAAAGACAAGUACGGACGGUAUCAGCCUUUCCCCAUUCGCUAUUUUGUGCCUGGUCCUUCUCUCAUCUGUAACAUCUGCAACAGGACGGGACACCUUGCCAAAAGCUGCUACUACCACAAGAAGUGUCCCACCUGUGUCCUUUGUGGGAUCCAGGGCCACAUCCAGAGGGACUGUCCGGGCCGCCCCUGCCCUAGCUGUGGCCUGCGUUCACAUGGCUUCAAGCCUUGCGAAAGGCCCCCGCUGUGGAACCAACACUGCCAGCGCUGUGGUAUGGCAGGGCAUCUCUCUGAUGCCUGCCCAGAUACAUGGAGACAAUACCACUUGACAAUCCAGUUAGAGGUUCCACUCAGGCCACGGACAGUCCAAACCCUAAAACAUAAGAAAUGCCCUGCUCAUUGUUACAACUGCUCUGAGAGGGGACAUUAUGGCUUUGAGUGCACCAAGAGGAGGAUGAUCAGUGGGACUUUUCCUUCACUGCCAUACGUUUGCCACUAUGACACCAUGGAGGACAUCUUCCAACGUCAUACCAGGAUGCAGAAAAGAGGCAAAGAGCUUGUGAGUGCUGGAUCCCUUCCUCUCUCAGACCAGCAGCAUUCUGAACCAGCAGCUAAGAGCGGCGAGGAGAAUCAGCCAGUCCAAGGGCGGAGCAGGCCAACCCAGGAGACAUGUAGCCGGGCUGGCAGGAGGAAGACGUGGCCAGAGAGGCGCAGAGAGAGGAGGGAGGUGAAGAGGCUGAGAAGAGAGGCUCAAGCAAGACGAGAAGGAGGACUACUGGGGAGAUCCCGGGGGAGCUUUGAUGAUGAAGUUUGCUCAGCAGAACCCUUCAGGUCUCCACUCCACGGUCACAGGCAGUCUGCAUCCACUCCACAGAAGAAGAGGAGGAGGAAUGAGGAAGGUGGCAGAAGAAGUGGAGAGGCAGAGAGGUGGAAGAAGAGAGGAGGGAUAAAACAUGGGGAUUUAUAUCCCUAUGGUGACGUAAACAUCAGUAAUGAAAACCUUCUUUCCCCGAAACAAAGAGUACGCCACCGAAGAAGAUGAAGUGUGGUUGUUUUUUAUUUUUAAGGUGUAAUAAAUGUAACUAAUAACAAAACAUAUUUUUUGUAUGUCUUUGAUAGAUUAAUUUAUGUAUUAUAAUACAAAAAACUAGAGUUUACAGUUGACGGACGCUCGUCUUCAGUGUGACUGCUGUGAAUGUACUUUGUUCCUCAAGUGCAUCUACUACUGUUAUUCUGGCUGUGCCAAGUUUUCGACAUUCAGUAUUACAGUAUACAGUAAUACAGUAUUUUGGAAUAUGUUUUUACACUCUAUGUCUGCUUUUUGGCUCAUGUACCAUGUUGCAGAGGGUGGUUUAUUAUCUCCCUAAAUAUUAAUGCUAGUUUUACUGUAACAUAUUAUUUUCUGUCAUUACAGUACAUGAAAUCAGGUCAGAGGCACAGAGCUUUGAUGGACCUUUGUAAAGACUAAUAUUUAUAUUGUAAAA